AUGCCUUCGCCGACCUAUGACCGAAAUGAAAGUCCAACAUCAUGUCAGACCGAUUUCAAGAAAUACCCGCCAAGUAUCGCGACAAACAGCAUUGAUACCGGAUCAUCAUCACCAUCCUAUAAAGAAGGUGAUAUCGAGUACGCUAGCAGGGAAGAUGGCCUACCUCCUGUAGAUGGGGGGAAGCAGGCAUGGUUAUUUUUAAUAGCUUCUGCGAUGCUCGAAGCGUUGGUAUGGGGGUAUGCGUUCUCGUUCGGAAUAUUCCAAGAUUAUUAUAGCGCCCACGAUCCAUUUCGAGGGUCUGCAAACAUUGCUGUUAUCGGGACAUGUGCCAUGGGUAUUGCGUAUUUAAUUGCUCCAUUAGCUAUCGUGGUCAUGAUUAUGGUGCCUCGUAUUGCUCGUUGGGUAUCGACCGCAGGCGUGGUGAUCAUGUGUCUUUCACUAGCCAUCAGUUCGUUCUCGACCAACGUGACACACCUAAUUCUGUCGCAAGGAAUCGGCUUUGGCGUGGGUGGAUGUCUAGCAUAUACGCCCUCGAUUCUUUUUAUGUCAGAGUGGUUUUGCAAGCGAAAGGGCCUUGCUUUUGGAAUCGUUUGGGCGGGCUCAGGAUUAUCUGGAGUGAUUUUCCCAUUGGUUAUCCAAUGGCUUCUCAACCAAUACGGAAUUAAAGUCACCCUUAGAAUCUCGGCAGUGGCACUGUUCAUCCUUGCUGCCCCAUUCCUCUACUUCCACAGGCCUCGUUUACCUAUCCGCGAGAGUGUGUGCCACCAUCGACUCAGCUUCAAUUUCCUAUACAGCAAAGUAUACAUUAUCUACCAGCUUGGCAACACCGUGGAGGCUUUAGGAUUCUUCCUUCCCACCAUCUAUCUCCCAACUUACGCUCGCAGCCUUGGUGCCAGCGAGUUCAUGUCCUCGCUCACAGUGACGCUCGUCAAUUUAACUUCGGUGUUGAGUUGUGUGGUGGUGGGAUUCCUGUCAGACCGAUAUCAUAUCACCACUUGCAUCCUGGUGUUGACUGUCGGUACCGUCUUGUCAGUUUUCUUCAUCUGGGGCUUUUCAGUAACGAUUCCCACGCUUUACGUCUUUUGCAUUGCGUAUGGUCUACUCGCCGGUGGAUACUCGUCAACAUGGUCAGGCGUCUCCAAUGAGAUUCAGCGAGCAAACCCAGAAGCAGAUGCAACAGUCAUUUUUCCAUUCAUGGAAACCGGCCGUGGAAUAGGCAACGUGGUCAGUGGCCCGCUCAGUGAAGUACUGCUCAAGGCAGAUCACUGGAAAAGCCGUGCGUGGGGAACUUACGGAAGUGGCUUUGGCACACUUGUGGUCUGCACGGGCGCAACUGCGCUCCCGAUUCGGUUUGGAAAGGACAUUGAGAUCGCCGGAAAGAUCUCUGGAAAUUUGGAUCGCCCGGUAGGACCGGGAGUACAUCACCUUGCUGCAGCGCAAGAGAACAUAUGA